CCUAAUUGUACUGCUGUGUUUUCCUUCCAUGUCAUGUUUGUUACUUUACACUCACUCAGCUGUAUCAUUUGUGGUUAUUAAUAAUCCAUCCAAAAUGCAUAACAUGGAGUAGAUGUUGACUCUGAAGUGGACUGUACUCUGCAGAGGCACCCAGGUUCUUUCCAUUCCCCUCCGUAGAAAAUGUGAAAUUCUGACUGGGACUUUAAUCUCCCCAAAGAGAUAAAUAUAACCUAGCAUCUUUUCUCAUCAUUGUGGAUCAUAGUCAACCCUUAAUAUUUCUACAUGGAAAACCCCCAUUAUGCAAUAAUGCACCAUGGGAUAGUUUGGCAUUGUUUAUUCCUAUCAAGCCAAUUGACAGGCUGGGUUGUAAGCUCUACCCCCUGCAAGUUAGUUGACAAUAGUUGUGAAAAAUGUUCUGCUCUGAUUAGCUAAUGAAAGGGGAGGAGGAGUUCCAAUUGCGAUGUUAUCUCCUAGGGUUUGAGGACAGAGAAACGUCAUGUUUACUUUCUGGAUCACAGAGCUGCAGGAAGAGAGUGCUGUUGGGUAAUAGGCAAAAAUCAAGAGAGGCAGAGAUCUGCACAUCACUGGCUUACAGAGCGGACACCACCUCACCCAGAUAACGGCACAGAGAACCAUGGCGUUUACAGGGUUGCUGAGAGAGGAGGACAUCAGGGCUGCCGUCAAGGCUUGUCAAGCUCCAGGCACAUUCAACUUCAAGUUGUUCUUUGCACAAGUGGGACUGACCGGCAAGUCAGAGGCAGAGGGCCAACGGGUGUUCAGAGUUCUGGACCAAGACCAGAGUGGAUACAUAGAGGAAGAGGAGCUGAAAUUAUUCCUGCAGAACUUCUCCUCAGGGGCCAGGGAGCUGACUGAUGCUGAGACCAGAACUCUCCUAGCAGCAGGAGACAGAGACGGGGAUGGAAAGAUAGGGAUGGAAGAGUUCUGCGCUUUGCUGAAAUGAAGCUUUCACUCCUCAUCAGGGCUGUCUCUUUUUUUUUUUUCUUUUGGUACUUUUUACAACGUCUGGAACCCAAAACGCCCAGAUUCAGCAAGUCUGGAGGGAAAUGCCCACCUCAGCGACUCUAUUUACAUGCCUGCUGGUCCUCUCCCCGGUUGAUGGUGCAUGUUGGCACAUAAGUUCGUAGCUGUGGAUAUUAGGUGUAUAAGUCAGUGUCAGUCUAUCCAUUGGGUAACUGGUAUGGUUUAAUAAAGGAUGUAAAACGUA